UCUGUUAUACAAUUGUGCAUUUUUAUCAAACAGAUUCAGUAAAUAAGAGACGAAGACGAACCACAAUGUCCAGCAGUGUGCUGUGUGGUCGGGGCAGGAUGGUGCUUUCUCAGACUGCUGGACAUCAAGCAUUCGUCGCUCUCCGUGUGUGCAGAACCAGAACCUUCUCUGCGGCGAGCUCAGACGAGCCAUACAUCAGCGUUUCACACACAGACUCAGGGCCGAGGACAGUGUGGCCCGAUGAGAACAUGGGACCAUUCGGACCUCAGGACCAGCGCUUUCAGUUACCGGGUAACGCCGGCUUCGACUGUCACUUGGAGGGCGUGGCGGACCAAAAGAAGACUCCAGUCCACAGGACGGUGCCGGACGUGUUGACCGCCCCGUGCAGCGCGGAGAGACAGCAGUUCAUCCUCGCCCAGUUUGUUCAUGAAUUCCAUGGGAAACUUGGUCCUAUAUCCACCAGAGUCCACAAAGCUGAACAGUAUUUUAAUCAAACAAGCACAGACUGCUCCAUAAACUCCUGUCCUGAACUGUUAAAGAAAGAUCUGGAGCUGCUCUUCCCGUCAGCGCCCACCUCUUCGAUCACAGUGGUGACGGUGACACAGAAGAGCGGCCGGUGUGAGGAGGCAGAGGAGCAGGACAGAGACAAGCUACUAAACAAAUUUGUGAGCGGCGCCAAGGAAAUGUGCUUCGCUCUGUGGACCGCAGGUUACUGGGCAGACUUCAUCGACCCGACAACAGGAGAAGCUUUCUUUGCCUCUCCAAGUCAAACCACCCUGCAAACAGAAGAAGAGUUGAGACAUUUAGGCUUCCACAUCCAAGCGUCGGGCUCCUGCACGGUCAUCCACCACAUCCUGAGAGGAACGCCUUUGUUUGUGGGGACUGUUUUCACCAACGCACCUACUCAUAGCGCUGCUAUCGCAAGACUGCAAGGACUUUCUAAUGUACUUGAUGAUGAGGAAUAGUUUUUUUUUUUAAAGAUAUAUUUAUAUAUAUUCCACUAAACCUUAUUCAAACUUAAGGCCUCUAUUUAUAGUUUGAAGACGCUUUGGGACUUGACGUGUGGUUGUGUCGGUGAAAGGUCGUGUGGCGUUUGUCUUACUGUAACAAAGGCUUGACCUCGAUUUUUUUUAUGUGCCUGACUGACAUGAGGUCGAACGACAACCAGACAACCUGCACUACACGCGGGGAGGAACUCUCCCUCAAGAGACGUAGAGAAAUGUCAAAAUAAAGACCUAAGAGAGCGACAUGGUUUAAAUACGACUACAAAACGGUGCAAAAUGGAAACCUCAGGCAGCUCUUAGAAGCUAAUGUGAAAACUUCCUGAACUCAUCACCUACUUGUGAUUCUAGCCGAGUCAUGUCAGACCCCUGAACUUUUCAUACAAACAUGCACAGUACUGUUCUUUUUUUUUUUUUUUUCCACAAAAAAAAAACCCUAAAGAAAACUGGACGCUGUUUUCAGUUGUGACAUUCAGAACUGCUGAACCAAUAAAGAGACUUCUCAGACCGCU